UGGGUUGUUAAAGACGCACAGCCCCGCUAACCUUUAACUCCAAAGUCCAAACUCCACUAGCAACAAGAAGAUGGAGAGUGGAGCAAAGAAAUGGGGUUUCCAAGGGAAGCAGGGCCUGGAGGCAGCGUCCACCACCACCGUCCGAGGAUAUAUCAACCUAUUAAUGGGCAACAUCAACCAAGAUAAUUGCCUUACAGUCGUUCCUCUCGGUCAUGGCGACCCCUCUCAUUUUCCAAGCUUCAGGACUACCCCUGCUGCUGAAGAUGCCAUCGUUGAUGCUCUACGUUCGGCUAAGCAUAAUUGUUAUUCGACCACUGUUGGUACUCUUCCCGCAAGAAGGGCACUUGCAGAUUACCUCAACCGUGACCUUCCCUACAACUUAUCGCCUGAUGAUGUUUAUCUAACAAUUGGAUGUACUCAAGGAAUUGAAGUUGUUAUAUCAAUUCUUUCCCGCCCCGGUGCCAAUAUUUUGCUUCCUAGACCGGGCUUCCCACUCUAUGAAGCUUGGUGUGCUUAUAACCAUCUUGAAAUGCGUCAUUAUGAUCUUCUUCCUGAAAAAGGUUGGGAGGUUGAUCUUGAUGCUGUAGAGACUCUUGCAGAUGAGAAUACUGUUGCUAUGGUUAUUAUAAAUCCAGGCAACCCUUGUGGGAAUGUCUUCGGCUAUGAACAUUUGAAAAAGAUUGCAGAGACGGCAAGAAAGCUUGGGAUUUUGGUCAUUGCUGAUGAAGCUUACGACAAUAUCGCAUUUGGAAGCACUCCAUAUGUGCCGAUGCGAGUGUUUGGAUUAACCGUGCCUAUUCUCACCUUGGGGUCUAUAUCAAAGAGAUGGGUAGUUCCUGGUUGGCGCUUCGGGUGGCUUGUCACAAGUGAUCCCGAUGGCAUUCUUCAAAAAUCUGGGGUAAUCAAUUCGAUCGCAGGAUUCCUCAAUAUCUCUUCUGAUCCCGCUACAUUUAUCCAGGCAGCGAUUCCUCAAAUCCUUGAGAAUACAAAGGAGGAUUUUUUCUCAAAGAUUAUCAGCACCCUGAGGGAAUGUGCUGAUAUAUGCUACAAUAGAAUUGAAGAGAUACCUUCCUUAACUUGUCCAAAGAAACCGGAAGGAUCAAUGUUUGUAAUGGUGAAGCUGAACCUAUCAAUGUUGGAAGACAUUAAUGAUGAUGUUGAUUUCUGCCUCAAGUUAGCUAAAGAAGAAUCAGUCAUCAUUCUACCAGGGAUAGCAAUGGAAUUGAAGAACUGGCUUCGCGUUACGUUUGCUAUCGAGCCUUCUCUUCUCCAAGAAGGAUUGGCAAGGGUAAAAGCCUUUUGCCAAAGGCAUGCCAAGAAGCAAUAAAAUAACUAUAGUAGGUGGUGUGAUCAACAAGAAGGCCUUGUAUUUCAUACCCAGUUCAAUUUGCUGGUAAACUUAGGUGUUUACCAAUAAACUAUUCCCUUAAUAGUAACAUGAUCCCCUGUUUCUGUGAUCAUGCAACUCUUUCAAAGAUGCUAGUACUGGGUUUUGGUGGUCAACUGCUUUACUUUGAUAUUGUGAUUAUGGUUUAAACAAGGAAGCUCCACAAGUAGUAUUAAACCCCGGAAAUUAUUUUGUGUGUAAUGAAAAAUGUGACUGUAUCAUUCAAAAUCUUCAAGUUGCUUCUCUUUUGACA